UGAGUCGAGUGACGCCGCUGACGCGCUUCGCUCAGCGUGUCACAAACACACCGCUUCUUCCACGCCGCGCGGCAGUAACUGUGGAAACUGUUCGGUCCGAACUCUUCUUCCAGAUGGACUGACUGCGGACUUGUGGGAUUUGUAGUUUUCCCGGGGAACGGGAAGGAACCGGAUGAGACGCCACGCGCGCCGCUUUCCUCUUCCCACCGCAGGACAACAACCGGAGCGAGGAAAAACUUCGGCGAACUGGUCGGGACGAGCAAAGUUGUUGUGACCGCCGACGGCUCACCGAGCGCCCCGUUCCCAAGGCCCGCCGGAGAGGAGCCCGAUGCGGACGGGCUCGUCAUGGACCCGAGGUUGAACAUGCAGCAGCAGCGACGGGCCGCCGCCGCCGGAGGCUCCCCGGCUCUCACGGGCGCGCAGUCCCGCCGCAGGAAGCUGCCGCCGCGGCCCGCCGACUACAAGGUGCAGGUGAUCAUCAUUGGCUCGCGCGGCGUCGGCAAGACGAGCCUCAUGGAGCGGUUCACGGACGACACCUUCUGUGAGGCGUGCAAGUCCACCGUGGGUGUUGACUUCAAAAUUAAAACUGUCGAGCUGAGAGGGAAGAAGAUUCGGCUGCAGAUCUGGGACACGGCUGGCCAGGAAAGGUUCAACAGCAUCACCUCAGCCUACUACCGGGGAGCCAAAGGCAUCAUCCUUGUGUACGACAUCACCAAGCAGGAAACCUUCGACGACUUGCCCAAAUGGAUGAAGAUGAUCGACAAGUACGCCUCCGAGGACGCCGAGCUUUUGCUGGUGGGGAACAAGCUGGACUGUGAGACGGACCGCAUCAUCUCCAGGCAGCAGGGCGAGCGGUUUGCCUCAAGGAUUUCUGGGAUGCGCUUCUGUGAGGCAAGCGCUAAGGACAAUUUCAAUGUGGAUGAGAUCUUUUUGAAAUUGGUUAAUGACAUUCUCAACAAGCUGCCCCUCGACAGCCCCAGCAGGGAGUUGUGCAGCAGCAUCCUGUCUCUGCAGCCUGAGCCGGAAGUGCCGCCAGAGUUGCCUCCUCCGCGGCUGCGCUGCUGCUGAGCUCCACCCCAUCCACCCUGUCCUGCCUUCUGCUGAAGCCCUGGGCUCAAUAUUACCUUUCCCCCAUGCACGCACACACGCGCGCACAUACACACACACACACACACACACACACACACACACACACAUUCACACGCACGUGCAAAAUACACACGUGAACACACCCAGACUGUACAAUUACAGGGCUACCUCGCAACAGGAACAGUUGUGUGCCUUUCUGGUUCGAACCCUAACUGGUCUACUGCAAGAAGGUGGCCUUUCCCAGCACUGGGAGGGUACCUUCCCUCCCCGCAGCGAGGAGGAGGCGGGGCCACUCUGAGGACCGCCUUCCGCUCCUAGCCUUGUGCACAUUGACCCCGAAGCCCUGGACCGCACGGCAGGAAGCGGGCGCCCUGUGGACGGGCAUUAGGGGCGCUCGCAGGAUCCCGUGUGUUUUCUUUUGUUUGUUCCCCUCCCUUCCACGUCUGAAAAGAAAGGGAUAAUUUUCCAACAUAUCACCUGGAUCUUCCUAAAUGUCUGUACAGGUGUUGUGUUUCCUACCUUAUAAUAUUGGCAUCAUGCAGUGAGGCUUCAGCUCUAGUCUUCCAGGACUGGUGUUUCGUACCCGGGUCGUCUUAGUGUACCUUGAACAUACUGAUACGGAAGAGUGGCUCAAGUCCACGUUUGAGUGGAGUCUUACAAAAGGGACCCUAAGAGCACUUUGUUCUGGAAGCCCACAGGGAGCCGUUUCCGGGUAGAUGUUCAGUAUGCCAUCUUUUUCCAGCAGCGUUUUUCAUGGAGCCACUGGGCUCUAGUGCUUCGUUUUCACCUCCUCUCUCUCUUUGUUGCGUUUUCUACACAUUUUGCACUACAAUCAAUUUUAAAUUGUUUUCAGCAGCAUAGCGAGGAAAUGGCAUCAUGAGGGUAGCGUUUCUCAGCACAUUGAACCCAAGGAGGUGAAGAGGAGCACAGCUGGCGGUUAAGGACCUGGCGCAGAGACUCGUGGCCAAUUGCUCUCCGGGUUGAUGUGUCUGAAAGGCUGUCUGUACCGACAGACCUUUUCCUCCAUUGCUUUCCUCCAACACACCCCAGUCUUGUGCGUCGUCACAGGGCGUCGCGCUGAACCCUGGGCUGAGGCUCUUCAAAAUGCAACAGCUGGAUGACUGAGACCGGCUCUCCAGGGGUCAAAGGGCAUUCUGAAGCGACAUUCACCUCGACUCGCACUCAUUUCUCAUCGCCGUGCCUUAGGUGCUCGCCGGUUUUGUAACCCACAAGUGUCUCGGAGUUGGUGGGGGGAAGUGUUGGGGAGCAUCUUUGGCACCGUCAGCUGUCCAGCCAGCGGUCGUUUCCAUUCGCCGAGUUUGAGCUGAACAGGCGGGUUGUUUGCUGGAAGUCAAUCGGGAGCCAAGUGACACAACUGCCUGUUGACCAGGGUGAUGUGCGGCCCAUGUGUGAACAGCACUUUGGCGUUUGCUUCCUCUCCGAAUGAUCGUUUCAAGUGCUGCACGCUGUGUUGUGGUAAAGGGGUAAAUCUAAAGCAGUUAGUGAUUUUCAUGUAGUGCACAAUUACUAACACGAUAGGAGCUGCUGAUGCUCUUUGGUUUGAUGAGAGAUUCGGCUCAGCAGAGCAUUUGUGUGGUUAGGCAAACCGUGUAGACGCGCUCUGAAAGAUCACCUUUUCAGUGUGUGUCUCUGUGUGUGUGAUCUGUGUCCUGUCGCAGUUCCCAUUUCAGCUGCCGUGGAAAGGAAAGCAAGUAUUUUGAAACAGUGUGCCUGUUAAAGCAUUUGGGUACAGACAGGUAAUGAACCUUUGACUAAUGAAGGUUUGCACCCGUUCAAGCAUUGUGUAUCCAAGCCUUAUUUUCUCCUUUUUUUUAAUUAAAAAAUAACCAUAUAAAUUACAAUGUGUUCAAGUCUGUUAUAGAUAAUAAUGUCGUUUGUUUAAUGUAUGAAUUACUAAGCAAGUUUUAUGUAUUUCAGUAAGUUGGCAUGUUACAAGCAGUAUUGUGAUAUAACUUGAGGCAUUCUUAAACUAAUGAAGUGCGAAUAAAUAUUUUA